CAGGAUAUCGAGUACAUGUACGACCCCGCCAACCCCAUGCCGAGGCGUGCUAUGCUGGUGGCUUACCCGCAGCGAUAGCUACCUUGUGGUCGACUUGAUGACCGGCGGUGAUUUGCGAUUCCACAUCUCCAGAAAGACCUUCACCGAGGAGGCGGUCAGGUUCUGGAUCGCCGAGCUGGGGUGCGCCCUGAGGUAUAUCCACAGCCAGAACAUCAUUCACAGAGAUAUCAAGCCCGACAACGUCCUUCUCGACGCCGACGGCCACGUCCACUUGACCGAUUUUAAUGUUGCCUCGGACGUCGUCGCUGGCAGGACUCUGACCAGCAAGUCCGGUACUCUGGCCUAUCUUGCCCCCGAAGUAUAUGCUGGAAAGGGAUACGAUGUCCGCGCAGAUUGGUGGUCACUGGGUGUCCUAUUCUAUGAGUGCAUCUACAACAAGAGACCCUUUGGCGGUGACUCCAAAGGCUCCCUCAGCUCGCAAAUCCAAGCCGCCAACCCCAAGUACCCCAUCACUCACCCCCCCGUGUCGCUCGCCUGCCUCUAUGCGAUCGGCUCCGCCCUCGACCCCAACCGAAACACUCGCAUGGGAUCGACAUGGGACAGCUUCGCCAAUCACGAAUUCUUCAAGGUCUUCGACUUUGAGCUCCUCGAGCAGAAGCGGAUCGAGCCCAUCUUUGUUCCCUGCUCCCACAAGACCAACUUCGACGGCACCUACGAUGUGGAAGAACUACUCUUCGAGGAAGCGCCGCUCGAGGCCCGAGCAAGACGCCAGAAGCCGAGAGAGCGGUUAAAAGAGGAUGCGACCAAUAAGGAGAUCCGCGAGGAUGAGCUAUAUCGGAUGAUUGAGACCGACUUUCGGCCGUUUGACUACAAUGUGGCUGCAUACAAGAAGAUCACUGAAGCCGCCCAAGGCCUUGAUGAUGAGGCGCAACCCGACCCGGACAACGCUCUUCAGGCCAUCACGACUGAUGAGACUACCCCCAUGCCGGCCCCUCCCCCCCGGUACCAGAACGACUUCCCAAACCGCCACCACCCCAUUAUCGCGGGCCAACGAGUCACAAGUCCCAUUGGGGGGGUUCAGGUGACGCUCAUUGGAGGUGGUAGCUGGUCAGAGUUUGUAUGCCAGGAUGCGACCCUACCGACGGAUGCCAAUAAUGCCGCUGAGGGCGAGAAUCAGGGCUCAGGCGGCAUGUUUGGAUUCCUGAAGAGCAAGAAAGGGUGGGACAACAGCCCGAAACCCAAGAAGAGGGGUGUGUUGGGUAAGAAAGGCGCCCGAGCUGUCAUCAGUUAGAGAGGGCUCACAAUGGGCCAUUUGCGCGCGUCGGCGACGAUAGAUCGAUACCCAUGAGGACACAGCGAAACAUAUAAGGAAGAAAGGGGCAGCUCGUAGUGACUACCUUAUAUGGCAUAACUGUUAUUUUACCAAAUCGAAGCCCUCAUGAAGCUGGAUCUCCUCCCGAAGCCCGAUCGCAAGAACUGGAGGA